UUAAAGGAUUCUAUUAGUGCCAUGGAUUGUGCUUUACAACUAGGGAAGUCAAACGCACUUAUGUCUUAUACAGUAGCAGCAAGCACUGUAUUCAAUAGUAUGUCUGAAAAACUUUACUCCGCUGAAAGAGAGUUUCAGUCUUGUACUGAAGAAAUAAGGAAAUUAGAAGAUAGAUUGACUAAAUUAUUGGCAGACUCUAUGGAUGUAUCUAAACAUGAAGAAAGUUUAAUCAAAUAAUUAUGAAACAUAAAAAAUAUAUUUUUAUUAUUAAUAAUACAUAUUAUAAUGUGUAUAAAAC